AUGGCUGUGAACGGACACGCUGUGAACGGAGACGCCGGUACUCCGGAAUCUAAUGUCGAUGUUCUCAUCAUCGGGGCUGGUCCCGCGGGGCUGAUGGCCGCCGCCUGGAUGGCGCACUGCGGCGUCAAGGCGCGCAUAGUCGACAAGAGAGGCACUAAGGUCUUCUGCGGCCAGGCCGACGGGCUCCAGGUCCGCAGCCUGGAGAUCCUCGAGAGUCUGGGCUUUGCAGACCGCGUGUGGAAGGAGGCGAACCAUAUGAUCGAGAUCUGCAUGUGGAAUCCUGGAUCCGAUGGUAUCAUCCGCCGUUCAGACCGCAUCCCAGAUACUAUCGUUGGGCUCUCCAGGUUCCAGCAGAUCGUGCUGAACCAGGGUCGCAUGGAACGGUUCUUCCUCGACAAUAUCGCCAAGCACUCGAAGAACACGAUACAGGUCGAGCGUGGAGUCCUCCCCGAGUCUCUGGAGAUUGACGAGUCCAAGGUCGAGGACGACUCUGCCUAUCCCGUCACCGUGAAGCUUCGUCACCUCACGGAGGAGGAGGCCACGCCGGCGCAGCAGAUUAGCGCAAGCAAGGUCUCAGAUGGCUUGUUCCGAAGCAAUCUCGUCAAGGAAGAUGACGAGGACGACCUGAUCCGCAAGAGUCAGUCGAGGCCUGGCACGGGCGAGGUCGUCCACGCCAAAUAUGUCAUCGGCUGUGAUGGUGCACGUAGCUGGACUCGGCGGGCCCUGGGAUUUGAGCUGCAAGGUGAAGCAACUGACUUCAUCUGGGGAGUGAUGGACAUCAUCCCGAUCACCGACUUCCCGGAUAUCCGAAUGAGGUGCGCGAUUCACUCAGCCGAGAACGGCAGUCUCAUGGUGAUCCCACGAGAGAACAAGCUGGUCCGGCUGUACAUCCAGCUGAAGGAGGUGGUGCCCGACGAGUCCGGCCGUGCCGACCGGUCCAAGAUCACACCCGAGAUCAUCUUCGCCGCCGCACAGAAGAUCCUUAGUCCUUACAAGAUCGAUUAUGAGUACUGCGACUGGUGGACAGCCUACCAGAUCGGCCAACGAGUCGGAACCAACUUCGAUGCGCACGAGCGCGUCUUCCUGGCCGGAGACGCCGUGCACACCCACUCGCCCAAGGCCGGCCAGGGCAUGAACGUCUCGAUGCAGGACUGCUACAACCUCGGCUGGAAGGUCGCGCUCGUCGCGCGCGGCAUCGCCAAGCGGAACAUCCUCAGCACGUACCAGAGCGAGCGACGCCGCGUCGCCCAGGACCUGAUCGACUUCGACCAUCGCUUCAGCAGACUGUUCUCGGGCCGACCGGCCAAGGACGUGAUGGACGCUGAAGGCGUGAGCAUGGAAGUCUUCAAAGACGCCUUCGAAAAGGGCAACCUCUUCGCCUCGGGCCUAUCCGUGAACUACGGCCCCAGCCCCCUCGUCCUCAAAGCCGGCGACGCAUCCGCCCAAGGCGACGGCAGCAAGGUCGUCGCCGCCCCAAGCACCAGCGGCGACGCCUUCGCCAAGGCGCAAGCCCUCGCACCAGGCCUGCCCGUCGGCAUGCGCUUCAACAGCUACAAGGUCCUCGACCAGGCCUCCGCGCGCCCGUGGCACUUCCAAGAAAAACUCAAGGCAGACGGCCGCUUCCGCAUCAUACUAUUCGCGGGCAACGUGCUCAGCGCCUCCCAAAAGCCGCGCGUCGACCGCUUCUGCGAGCGCCUGAACGCGCCGGACGCGUUCCUGCGCGCCGUGACGCCCAAGGACGCGCCAAUCGACAGUGUGAUCGAGGUGCUGACCGUGCACGCCGCAAAGCGCACCGAGACGGAGCUGCUGCGGGACUUCCCAGAGAUCCUGCACCCGUUUGACAAGCACACGGGCUGGGACUACGACAAGGUCUUCGUGGAUGAUGUGAGCUACCAUGAGGGCUUCGGUAAUGCGUACGGGAAUUAUGGCAUCGAUAAGGAGCGUGGGUGUGUGGUCGUGGCUAGGCCCGAUCAGUAUGUUGGCUAUGUUGGCGAGCUGGAGGACUUUGAUGCGCUGCAGAAGUACUUUGAGGGCUUCUUGGUGUUCCCGUCGGCAGCAGCUUCCUAG